AUGAGAAGGAAUCUUUUAAGCUUAAAUGGAAAAAUAAGUACUAUCAUUAAAAGUGACAAAUUGAAAACAAGAGGGAUAUCAUCAUACAACAUAUUAAAAAACAAUAUUAAUGUUUCAUUAGAAAGAAAAAAUAAGAAUAGAUUUUUUUUUUCAUCAUUAAAGGGUCAUCAAAAAAUAGGAGGAGGUGUUUUAAAUAGUUAUGAUAUAUUUUUGAUUAUAUCUUUAUUAGCAGUACCAACUAUAUUAAAUAACAAAUUUGGUAAAAUGUCAAAUAGUAUAGCAAAUUGUUCGAAUGUUGAAAAGGUAUUUUUAAUAAAAUCGAAUGAAUUGCAAGAUGGUGAAAUGAAAGAAAUAAAAGUACAUGAAGAGAAGGAUACAGUCUUAUUAGUACGUGUAAAUAAUAAAUAUUAUUGUUUAGGACCCAAAUGCCCUCAUUAUAGUGCUCCGUUAAAAUCUGGUGUUUUAACAAAUGAAUAUAUUACGUGCCCAUGGCAUGAUGCUAAAUUUGAUAUAAAAACAGGAGAAUGUAUUAAUGGUCCGUCAUUUGAUGACAUACCAAAAUAUGAAGUUGUAAUUGAAGGUAAUGAAGUAUAUGCUUUAUUACCAAAGAAAUUAGAAAUUUUUGAAAAGAAAAGAAUAUGUGAAUGUAAAGGAAGCUGUGAAAAAAAAAAUAUAUUAAUUGUAGGAGGUGGUGCUGCUACCUUAGGUGCAUUAGAAACAUUUUUAAAAUUAGGAUAUAAUGGAAAAUUAAUCAUAUGUAGUAAAGAUGCUUAUAAACCAUAUGAUAGACCAACGCUAUCUAAAAAUGUAUCGAAUUGUAAUAAUUGUGACGAAUUAUAUGAAGAAAUAAAAUUAAAAGAAGAUUCCUAUUAUAACAAAAGUAAUAUAAUAUAUAAAAAUAAUGUAUAUGUAGAAAAGGUUGAUACAGAAAAUAAAAAAGCACAUUUAAAUAAUGGUGAAAUUAUAAAUUUUGAUAAGAUAUUAAUUACUACUGGUAUAAGCCCAUCCCCAUCACCUAUGAAGAAUAUGAAUUUAGAUAAUUUAUUUACCUUACAUAAUUUAAGUGACAAUAUUAAAAUUGGUGAAUAUGCAAAAGAAGGAUCGAAAUGUGUUAUUAUUGGUUCCUCAUUUAUAGCAUGUGAACUUUCUUCUGCUUUGAAAAAAAAAAAUGUUAACGUAACUUUAAUAUCUAAAGAUGAUGUACCUUUUUAUGGAUCCUUUGGUGAGAAAAUUGGGAAUAUCGUGCUUAACAUUUUAAAAGAAAAAAAUAUUAAAUUCUAUCCAUCUAUGCAUCCAACAGAAUAUAUAAUAGACAAAAGAUUUUUCAGCAGAAAAAGUGGUAACAUAAUUCAUGGAGUAAGGUUAAAUAAUGGUGAAGUUAUAAAUUGCGAUUAUGUUAUUGAAGCUUUAGGAUGUAUACCUAAUUCUGACUUUUUAGAUGAAAAAUAUAAAAAUGUGAAUAAUUUUAUUGAGGUUGAUAAGCAUUUCAAGGUAAAAAAUUCUGAUAACAUGUAUGCUGCUGGAGAUGUGUGUACUUUUCCUUAUUUCUUGACAGAUGAGAUGGUAAAUAUUUGUCACUGGAAUGUUGCCAUACAACAAGGAAGAAUAGCUGCACACAAUAUGUUAAGAGACGACAAAAAGGAAUUUAACUUUAUACCCUUUUUUAAUACAAACAUUUUUGGAAAAAAUUUCCGAUAUAGUGGAUAUGUGAAGAACUAUGAUAAAAUAAUAUAUGAAGGAGAUUUACUUAAACAUAAUUUUAUUGGAUACUUUGUUAAAAAUGAUAAGGUUGCAUCAAUUAUAACAUUAGGAAAUAACAAAAUGGCAUCUUUAAAUGAAUGUAUGGCAAAAAAUAAAGUUCCUAAAGUUUACGAAUUAGAAGGAGGCUUAAAAAAUAGUGACAGUAUGAUAGCUUCACUAAAAAUAUAA